CUGUGAGUCAAUUAAACCUCUUUUCUUUAUAAAUUACUCAGUCUCAGGUAGUUCUUUAUAGCAAUGUGAGAAUGGACUAGUACCGUCAGUAUUGAUGAGAAUGUUGAGCCAUGUGUAUGUACGCUCACACAUUAUGGUGGAAGCGAAAAUUGGCUCAAACCACUUGGGAAAACAUGGCAUUAUCUAGUAAAUUUUGAGGUAUGUAUUGACUGUGAUAUAGCAAUUCCAAAAAAAACUUGGACAUGUUCUUCAAGAGACCUGUACAAGUAUGUUCAUAGCCAAGGGCUGGAAACUAUCCAAAUGCCUGCCCAUCAUCAGCAGAAUGGAUAAAUUAGAGGACUAUAAAACUCUGCCUUAAUGUAAUAGGUAGUUUCCAAGAAAUCCAAUCACAUACAAUGUGAAAUUGUGUUACUGUGGGGUUAAUGAAAUGAACGAGGCAAGCCCGCUGGACCAUCCAAAUCUGUCCUGCUCCCGGCUGGAGUUUGAUGCCAUGUAGUGGCAGAUGUUGCUCUGGCUGAAAUAUUGAUGGAGAUUUCCAGUCCAGUGGCUGGCUGAGACUUCCAGGACAGUGGCAGUAUCUCCAGGAAUCUCUCAAUCAGUUAGGACUUCCUUUCUUGACUUGACCUGGGGAUAAUAGGCCGGGAAAAUAAUGGGGACCCAGAGACCCUCCCUCUGUCUUCCUGCUUCCUAAGACAGGGUCACGUGCACUUUACUCUCCCUUCCCUGACCUGUUGAAGGUAAGAAAUUUAGCCUGUCUGAGAAUGGGGAGACUGAGCAGAGGACGACAGGAAGGAUGGCAGUCGCUAACUGGGUUAUGUCUGAUUUUCAGCUAUUCCAGGUGUAAUUGUGUUAACAAGUUGUGUUCUCUGGUUUUUAAAAUUCAUCAUUUAAUGAAAUAUAUGUAAUGAAAUACAGCAGUGAAAAUAAUGAACUGGAGGUACACGCAAGAGCUUGGGUGAAUUUUUCUUUUCUAGGCCCAGGAGACAUGCAGGCCGCAGGCCAGGGCACAGGGGGCGCGGCAGGUGAUGCUGAUGGCCCAGGAGGCCCUGGCGUUCCUGGUGGCCCAGGGGGCGAUGCUGGCGGCCCAGGAGAGGCGGGUGCUGCGGGCAGCGGAGAUCCCCAGGGCGCAGGAGCAGCAAGGGCCUCGGGGCCGGGAGGAGGCGCCCCGCGGGGUCCGAAUGGCGCUGCCACUUCUGCGCAGGAUGGAAGCUGCCCCUGCAGGGCCAGGAGGCCGGAUACCCGCGUGCUUCAGUUCCACAUCACGAUGCCUUUCUCGUCGCCCAGGGAAGCGGAGCUGGUCCGCAGGAUCCUGUCCCUGGAUGCCGCACCGCUUCCCCGACCAGAGGCAGUUCUGAAGGACUUCACCGUGUCCGGCAACCUACUGUUUAUCCGACUGACUGCUGCAGACCACCGCCAACUCCAGCUCUCCAUCGGCUCCUGUCUCCAGCAGCUUUCCCUGUUAAUGUGGGUCAUGCAGUGCUUUCUGCCCGUGUUUUUGGCUCUGCUUCACUCAGCACAGAGGCGCUAAGCCCAGCCUGGUGCCCUUUCCUAGGUCAUGCCUCCUCCCCUAGGGGAUGGUCCCUGCACGAGUGGCCACUUCAUUGUGGGGGCCUGAUUGUCGCUGGAGGAGGGCGGCUUACAUGUUUGUUUCUGUAGAAAAUAAAACCGA